AACCCAACAAGACGCUUCGUUUUCCCCUCCUCCGCAGCAACAACUCGUCGACAGAUUUCCCAUCGUUUAGACCUAUACCACUUUUAGUAACAGAACAUCGAUAUGAGUUUGGCACCCGUCGAGAUCUUCAAGGAGAAUGCUUCCGAAGAGCGCGCAGAAAAUGCGCGUUUGUCGUCAUUUGUGGGUGCCAUUGCUGUCGGGGAUCUGGUGAAAAGCACAUUAGGUCCAAAAGGAAUGGACAAGACGCUGCAAUCCAUGACUACCAACAACAUUGUAGUCACAAACGACGGUGCAACAAUCUUGAAAUCAAUCGCGCUAGACAACGCCGCAGCAAAAGUUCUGGUCAACAUUUCAAAAGUGCAAGACGAUGAAGUUGGUGACGGAACUACAUCUGUUUGCGUUCUGGCCGCAGAGUUGCUCAGAGAAGGAGAGAAGCUUGUUCAUCAACACAUCCACCCUCAAACUAUCAUUGAGGGCUACCGUAUCGCCUCUGCCGCUGCCUACAAGGCCCUGGAAGAGUCUGCUGUGGACAAUAGCAAGAAUACUGAAGCCUUCCGGCAAGAUCUUCUGAACAUUGCAAAAACAACGCUAAGUUCAAAGGUGCUGUCGCAAGACAAAGAAUACUUUGCCACUCUUGCGGUCGACGCGGUGAUGCGGUUAAAGGGAAGCACAAAUCUUGACAACAUCCAAAUCAUCAAAAAGGCCGGGGGUAAACUUAUCGACUCGUACCUUGACGAAGGUUUCAUUCUUGACAAGAAGAUCGGUGUAAACCAACCGAAAAGGAUCGAGAACGCCAAGAUUCUCGUAGCAAACACUCCUAUGGAUACCGACAAAAUCAAAAUCUUUGGAGCACGCGUCAGGGUGGAUGCAACUGGAAAGUUGGCCGAGUUGGAGCGGGCCGAGCGUGACAAGAUGAAGGAGAAGGUCGAGAAGAUUAAGGCACAUGGCAUCAAUUGCUUUGUCAACCGUCAGCUGAUUUACAACUGGCCGGAGCAACUCUUCGCUGAUUCCGGUGUCAUGGCGAUCGAGCACGCGGACUUUGAUGGUGUAGAACGUCUUGCUUUAGUCACAGGAGGGGAAAUCGCAUCGACUUUUGACCACCCGGAGCUAGUCAAGCUAGGACACUGCGAUUUGAUUGAGGAGAUCAUGAUUGGGGAGGACAGACUGAUCAAGUUCUCGGGGGUAGCUGCGGGCGAGGCUUGUACUGUGGUUCUGCGUGGUGCCACUGGCCAACUCCUGGAUGAAGCAGAACGAUCUCUGCAUGACGCGCUUUGCGUGCUUUCUCAGACAGUAAAGGAACCUCGUACAACCCUUGGAGGUGGAUGUGCUGAGAUGCUCAUGGCAAAAGCUGUUGAGGAAGUUGCGGCAAAGACACCAGGCAAAAAGGCGAUUGCCUGCGAAUCAUUUGCUAAGGCGCUACGUCAGCUGCCAACGAUCCUUGCGGACAAUGCAGGGUAUGACAGUGCCGAGCUUGUCUCGCAAUUGCGCGCAGCUCACCAUGAAGGCAAAUCGACGUUCGGUUUAGAUAUGGCCCAAGGAAUAGUUGCAGAUGUUCGUGAACUCGGUAUUACAGAGUCAUUUAAGUUGAAGAAGCAAGUACUUCUAUCUGCAUCAGAAGCAGCGGAACUCAUCUUGCGGGUCGACGACAUCAUUCGCUGCGCUCCUAGACCCCGUCAACGCGAAUAAGCUGGCGGUAUCUAGUAAUUAGUCUUAGGAUCUGGUGUAAGGUAUUUUUGUAAAUCUUUUGAGGAGCCAGUGUCAAUAGCGGGACCGAAGUGGGAUGACCUGUAUACUGUUGUAAUACGUUAUGUUUCACAGCAGUUUUGAAGUCCACUGUUCUAUUUAUUGGACAACCAGUGAUAUGGCUAAGCUGGAAGACAUAUUAUCACAUCGUUCAACUAGUAUUUCCUG